AUGGACAACAAGGAAGUAAAAGCUAUUAAUCGGACGAAAAUUGCUUGCAGAGAGUGCCGCAAAAAUAAGCGCAAGUGUGACGGCCAAAGGCCCUCAUGUUCACUGUGCGAGAAGUUCGAUAGAGCGUGCGCCUAUGCAGAGGAAACCUCUAACAAACGCAAAUAUGCCGAUGAAGGACUUAUCUAUAGUCUCCAGAACCGAAUCGCCGUUUUAGAGAGCGUAGUCAGAGCAUAUCGAGAAGCUGAAAGACCAGACAAGAUCCUCGAAAGAAGUAGUCGUUUGAUCCGUGAAUCAGAAAAUGAUAUCGUGUCAGCAUCUGAUCACGUGUCAAUAUAUACCCAAGCACCACCCCCAAUCCUCGCGCAGACACCUACGCCAUCUAACCCUAGCAAGCGCACGCAAGAUACCGAUGGAAGAUCUCAGGUUGCUAUGGAGGAGCUCGCCUCGCUCAUGUUAAGCAUGGAUGUCAAUGGGCAAGCUGAACCCUCGUUUAUGAUGACUUCCAGCAACAAGAAAACAUCACGUCUGGGAAGCGAAAGCUUUAAUACCGGAGACUUUACUCAAGGUGUAGGUUCAGUUCGAGAGAAUAACGUUCCUCAGGACUUCAUUCUCUCGCUUCAAGACAAGCAACAGUUGAUGUAUCUUUUCAUGGAGAACUUCAACGUCUUUCACCAAUAUCUUGAUCUCGAAGACUCGGUUUCGGUGGUUAACACAGAUUGCAACCAAGAAAGAUCAGAUGUAUGUUUUCGUAACUACGCCAUAUUUUCUGUGGGUGCAUACUUCUCGGAAGCACCUGAGCUACAGCAUAUUGGAAAAAUAUGUGUAUCAUUGGCAGAAAAUAUGCUGCUGAGCUGUAUCAGAAACAACACAAGUGAUUUGAUCGUUCAAGGGACAUCGCUUCUAGCAUGGAGAGAAAUAACGUUAGGUAACGAUGAUAUGGCAUAUAAUUUUAUAGCGAUGGCUACGGGACUUAUACUUCAUCGUGCACAUCACGUUGCUGUCUUACCUGAUGCUUCACAAUCGGAUGUGGAAGCUUCAAUGAUGAAGCGAAAAAUCAGAUCUUUCUGGGCUUAUUUCUCGGUCGAUCGAUUGGUUACGUCGAGUCUUGGAAUGAAUUGUACUAUACACUGGCAAAGAGUUCGGACGGAAUGCUUCUAUAGUCUUGUUCAAGGUAGAGCCACCGUUGACGAUGUUGCUCAUGACAGCUUCUGCAAAUUGUGGCAUCUUUGGGACUCAUGCAUGGAUCAAGUGCAUGCAUUCAGUUGGUCAGAACUCACAUCUGACGAGCGAAGGUCACUUGCGGUCCGCUCCCACCAAACUCUAGAAGGAUUCUACAACGAAUUAGACGGUCGUAUUCACCUCAAUAAGGAUAACAUGAGACCGAGCGUUGUCUGGUUUCAGUUGUCAUAUCACGCAGCACUUUUGCUCAUCCACCGACCGUUCCUCAAUGAGCCAACAGGCAGCGUAACACUUGGUCUCGCCUUACGCUCGGCAACUUCCGCUGCAUCAUCAAUAGCUCGAAUCCUUCGAAACUACCGAACACAUCCGGGAUUCAAGAGCGUAGGACCCCAGGUCCAAGAAUUUGUUCUCGCCGCAGCCGUCAUACAUCUUCUGAAUGCCACAGCAGGUCGUACCAAACUUGGUAGGCAGUCAUCAAAUGGGCUCAGAAGCUGCUUAGACUGGCUGGAAGGCAUGGAUUCCAAAUGGAGAGUCCAAGUUAAUCGAUCUAUUACACGAAUUCGCGAACUUGCUCAUCGAUGGAAAGUAGCUUGGGCAUUACCAUUACAUCUAAGCUAUCCCACGGAAUCCACCUUGCCAGCGCAAACGACAACUAUGUACCCUAGUUCGUCGACUAUAGGCGCAGAUACGACGAAUAAUUUUGUUGCAACUACUCAUACGAAUUACAACUUUGAUUUUAGCAUGGAUCCUAUCCUAGCUGGGAUUGAUCUCUUUCAAGCGGACCAAUAUGGAGGUGCUUUAGAUCAAAUUACAAAUUCCUGGGAUAUGGAAGCCUGGGACCUAUAUAUUGCUAAUGGGAAUUUUGAUACUGGCACUUAUUAG